UCCACAUGUUAAUUAGCCGCACAGUUAAAUAAAAUGCAAAAGAGUUGGUAAGGACGCAUACCGUUUCUAAUCGUAACCUAGUUUCCUAAAUGGCUCAACGGUACAUCCAAGACCAAGCGACGACAAGAUGAGGACCCGCGCUUGAACGGGCAUGUCGAUGAAAAACGGUUUUGCUGGAAAUACUUUUCAAACAUAAUGACUAAGUUGAUAUACUCACUCAAAUUCGACAUUUUCUUACUUUUAGUUUUAAUUAUUAGCAAAUGCAAAAUAAAAUUUCAAACACGAGACGUUUGCUUUGCCUUUAGCCAGAAAGUCAGCAGUAAAGCGAAGGAGGAAACUGGUAGGAGGGACUCAUCUUGCUUCGCUCGCUAAACACCGUAGGUCAGUUAGUUGCAGUCUGCUUUCUCUGUGAAAGCAUGCAAAAAAUAAACCACUUGGAAGCGUAAACGCAGCGUUAAGAAUAACUUUUUGUCUGGCUAUCCAGCACAAACGCAACUCCAGGGUUCGCCUUACUUUGCAGAGAUGCAGGUGAAGAGAAUCGUUCUCAGCUCGCGACCAGGUACAAAUGGGGAGCCAGUUCCUGAAAACUUCCGCCUGGAAGAAGUGACUUUAACACCUGACCUGAAAGACGGGGACGUUCUCGUUCGGACGCUUUACCUCUCAGUCGACCCUUACAUGAGAUGCCGGAUGAACGAAGACACCGGCACCGAUUACCUGACUCCGUGGCAGCUGUCCGAGUGUCUGGACGGCGGAGGCGUUGGCGUGGUGGAGACCAGCCGCUGCAGCGCGUGCGCUGAGGGAGAUGUUGUGACGUCCUUCAACUGGCCCUGGCAGACCCACGCCGUGAUGAAAGGAGGCGGGCUGCAGAAGGUUGACCCGCAGCUGGUUGACGGGCACUUGUCCCACUUUUUAGGCGCCGUUGGUAUAACGGGCCUCACUGCACUGCUGGGCAUCAGGGAGAAGGGUCACAUUACCAGUGGCGCUAAUCAGACAAUGGUCGUGAGUGGUGCAGCUGGUGCCUGCGGCUCCCUCGCUGGACAGAUCGGCAGGCUGGACGGGUGUGUGAGGGUGGUUGGGAUCUCCGGUUCUGAUGAGAAGUGCAAAGCUUUAGUGGAAGACCUGGGCUUCUCUGCAGCCAUCAACUACCGCCAGGACGACGUCUCCGCACGGCUCAGGGAGCGCUGCCCCGACGGCGUGGACGUGUACUUCGACAACGUCGGAGGCCCCAUCAGCGACGCCGUUAUAGCACAGAUGAACGACGGCGGCCACGUGAUCCUCUGCGGGCAGAUCUCCCAGUACAACAAGGACGUGCCGUAUCCUCCGCCCUUGAGCGCGGAGACGCAGGAGUUCCUGCAGAGCAGGAGCAUAACCCGGGAGCGGUUCACGGUGCUGGCCUACAUGAGCAAAGCAGAAGCAGCCCUCCUGGAGCUCAGCCGGUGGGUCAGAUCAGCCCGAGUCAAGGUACUGGAAACUGUGGUGAGCGGCUUAGAAAACAUGGGAGGUGCAUUUUGCUCGAUGAUGAGAGGGGGGAACAUCGGCAAGCAAGUUGUAAAGAUAUCAGACUGAAGAAAUCAGCUCGCCUUUUUCUGUCACCACCAAUAACACAAUAACACUAAUGACUAAAAUGAUGCACUUCUCCUCAGCUGAUGCCUUUUCAUCAUCAUGAACUAGAAGUAAAUUCUGUUCAAGAGGGAAAAAAAAAGAAAUUUAAGAAAGCUCAGGAGUUUAAUCUCUCUUUAGAUCUAACUUUACUUUUAGAAGUAAAAAAAAAAGAUGAAAAAAAAUCAGCUGAUGUCACCUUUUAAAAAGAGCCCAAAAAUUGACAAAUGGCACUAAUAAAGGAGUCAAAGACAUAAUACUGUCAAACAGUAUUAUGAGGUCAUAAAUAUAGUGGUGCUCUUUUAAUUAAAGUAGUUUAAGCUAUUAACUAAGGCUUACUCUGCUAAACGUACAACUAUGAAGGAAUCCAACCUGUCAGGAUUCAAGCUUUUGAACCUUUAAGGACUAGAGAUUAGUUUGACCCAGAAACACAAGCCAAGAAUGGCAGUGAAAGCUUUGAGUAGUUUUUAGGUUGUUUUUUUGUUUUCUCCCUGCUUGCUCGUUUCACUGGAGCCUCUGCAGUACUUCCACGUCUGACCACACGGGGGCAGCGCAUCACGAGAAAGUUAAUGUGGAUGAGGAAGCUACUUAUGCUGCACAAAGCUCUUCCUUACCCUGAUAUGAUUGGCUCAGUACAGUAUGUACCAAGGGAAAAGGUUUUGAAUGGGAGAGGUUGACCUUCCUAAAAAUAUCAUGUGCUUCCUCACGUCGUGCAGUUUUCCGUGUCCAAUUCUGCGUAACGUUGUGAGAAAAAGACUAACAAAAGGCACAAGUGAAGUGAGUUUAGUUUUUUUUUUGUUUGUUUUGUUUUUAUUUCACAGCACUAUAAACCAUUACCAAAAUAAAGUUUUCACUUGGUUCUAAUGUCAUUUGUCACAAAAAACAAAAGAAAUAAACAUGUGGCAGGUGUAAAAUCAUCAUCUACUCCUUCAUGUCUCGGUGUUUAAAUGCAACACUGUUUGGGGGGGGAGGACGGGUGAAGAUUAAGUCACAAAAACACCAGCACAUCACUUACAGUAGCCCCCACCCCCACCCCCCCCUCAUCUGGUUGCUGCGGCAGGAGUCGAUGACGCGUGUGAACAGAUGUCAGCGUACAGUACAGGAUACUCACUUCCAGGUUGACAGUUUCACACAACCGCCAAAUCUUCUUCAUGAGACACGAUUGUGGUUAAUGGCGUUUUUAAAAGAAAAAAGAAAACAAGAAAAUCAUGCAUUAUUUUGAGGUGGAGGUGAUGCAACAGUCACCUCAUUAACUUCCCGUUUCACUCCUUUCUGCCUCCGUGUGGACAUUUUACACAGCUGGAGAAUUAAAAGAAAACAUCAUAAAUCAGGGUCAUAAUGGUUCGCUUGACAGCAAAUAAAGGUGGCUAGUCUGGGGGGGGGGGGUAAAGUUAUUUUCUCUGUGUCAAGCAGCUUUUCUGAUAUUAAACAAUCUUUUAUCACUUCAUUAUUCUGUCAUCAUCCUGGCUAUAAUUUCAAAAAGAAGAAAAAUCAAUGGAUCAAAGACUUGAUC